CCCGCCGGCGCUGCUGGCGGCGGCCCCGGCGGCCCCUCCGCCGCGGCCUCCCUGCCCCCGGCCACGGAGCCCGUGAGCCCCAGUGCGCUGGCGGGGGAGGAGCAUCCUGGGAACGCGCAGCCCGACAUGGGUCCGGCGGCCGCGCAGCCCCCGCCGCCGCCCGCAGCUCCGCCCGCCGCCCGCCGCUGAGCGGGAGCGGAGCGCAGGGGGCCGCACGGGGCCGCGGCGCUGCCCGCCCCGGAUGAGGCGCCGCUCCCCCCCCGCCCCGCUCGGUCCCCGCCGCCCUCAAAAGCGCAGGGCCCCCGCGGAGCCCCCGCGGCCCCGAUGAUGGACAGGAACUACCCCGCGACCCCCGGCUUCGCCGAGCCCCUGGCCCCGGGCACCGCGCCGCCCGCCGCCUCCUGGGCCUACGAGCGCGGCGCCGGCAGCCUCAAGCCCAGUUUAAGCUAUGGAGGAGGACAUUCAUCACAUUCAGAAACAGACCUUCACAGACAGACAUACACAGCUUCUCAUCAGCUUCCUGGAUACUCAACUACCCAACAUCCUGCUGGUCUUUCAGGAAUAUUUGAUACCAGUAUGCACAGUGCUGGAGGUAACACUAAGGAAACUUCUUCAGUUAUGAAUUUUCUCUCUGCUAUUGAGUCUCGUACUGCUCAGGCAGUCUCUUCAGGAUCUACCCUUUUACCACAAUUCAGGGCUCCUUCCUGGCAGACAGGUAUGCAUUCCUCGACAGCCACAGAACUAUUUGUUACUGGAGCUUUGCCAACCUCUGGAACAUUUCCACCAACCUCCGCUUUGUCAGCGUAUCAGCAUCCCAACACCUUCAGCAGCAGAAACUUUGCUACUACCCCUUCUCUUACCCUUCAAGACGCCACUUUCAGUGCUACAUCCAACGGUCUCUUAAGUGCCCACGAUCCUUUAUUGCAGAUUAAAACAUCCCAAGGCACUGUUCCAACCGCUUUGACAUUCGAGCGCCUGGGCAGCUCCGUUCUGAGUACCAGUGUGCCCCCCCAGUCAUCAACAUAUCGUUCUGCUCAAGAAUCUGCGCCCCAUCUUUUGCAGCCUCAGUUCAGUUUGUUGCCUUCGACCCUUGGAGGAGCCCAGCAGGUGUCUCAGGCCUACAGCACAUCUGUCUUCACUGGUUCCACUGCUUCCAUGGACAGAGCACUUCAGCGAGAAUGUAGUGUUAUCAAACACCACCAGCGGCCUUCGAGUACUCAGUCUGUCCAGCCUCAGCUGAGUGUUUCACAGCAUUCCUUACACAGCUAUUUAACAAGUACGAGUGGAGUUAACUUUCAGGAUACGUCUAGGCACUCGGCGUUAUCCUGCAGUCCAGUUGCAGAUGUUACUCAGGUGAGCAAUGGAGGACCACAGCAGAAGACUUCUCAAGUCACAGUGGAACUCGCUCAGUCGUACACAUCUGCAAUUCCAUCGCCUGGUUUUCCCUCUGCUUCCACUGCAAAAGUGAAAAACUGUUCCAUGAAGCAGCCUCCGAGGUCAACAAAGACCCCCAAGCCUCAGAGUGUAGCUCCCACUGUGCAGACACAAAGCUAUGCCAAAACUGCACAAAACCAGAGUUCUGUCAUUACAGGCCAAGCACAGAUCUAUUCUACAGCACAGCUCCCCAGCCUCUUGUCCGUCAGUCAGUCCCAAAACUACGUUUCAUGCCAGGCUCAGAAUGUGCCACCUGUCAGCCACUCACAGGAUUUCUCAUCCAGUAAGGUUGAGAAGCUGCCCUCACUGUAUAAAACAUUGACUUUUUCUGGGCAAUCACAAGCUAUUACUUCUGACAGUCAGACUUUAAGUUACUCCUCAGAGGAACAGGUAUUGACCUCAGUUCCAAAUGAGAACUACUCUGGGCAAAUGAGGGAACUCUCUUCAGUCAGCCAAGCUCAGAACUACUCUUCUAGUCACUCUCAGGGUUUAUCUCCAGUUACCCAGUCCCAAGUUAAUUUUUCAUCUCAGUCACAAGUUUUAGCAGCUGUUAGUCCUUCAGAAAGCUAUUCUUCAGGGCAGUCUUUAACAUUAACGUCGCCUUCUCUUUCCUUUAACGCCUCUCCUCGGGUACAAACUCUUCCAGCCUCCAGCCCUAAUCAAAGCUAUAUUUCUUUACAUUCUUCUCAGAACUCUCAGUCACAAGAAUCCUCCUCUCCACAGUCUCAAAAGUUUUUGCCAUCUGUCCAGUCUCCUUUUGCAUCCCCAGCUCACUCCCAGACGCUGCAGAACAACAGACCUUCCUCAGAAACAAAGUCCUAUGUUAAAAGGAAGUCUGACUCUAACUUGUACGCCUCAUCGAAGCAGGAGGAGGAGUUAUCAAUGCAGGACAUGCAGGCAUUGCAACAGCAAGCUGCUCUUGAAUCUUCCACUCAAAGCCUGACAGAGGAGGAGAUCAAUGCUCAGGAUGCGUCCUACAGGGUCUCAAAAGCAAAUGACAGAUACUCUCAAAGUGUAAUCAGAAGCAACUCUCGUCUUGAGGAUCAGGUUGUUGGACUUACUCUUCAAGGAACAAAAAAAGAUGAAAGAAUGGUCAGUUCUGUGGAACAGCUUUCCCAACACAUUGGCCACAUCAGCAGCCUAAGCCAUGAUAUCAAAAAGACAACGAAUUUAAUGAGAACAACACAGGGAGCUGUGAGUGCUAAGGAGCUAAACCAGCAGCAUUCCCUUAUGCAUAAGGUACAUGACAGUAAAGCUCAAGAGCAGCAGGGCCAAGUCAUUAGCACGCCACCACAGGUGCAGCCUCAUGCUUUAAGACACGGUCAUCAGCUGUGCCUGCCCAGCGCUCAGGUUCUGCUGGAGUCAACCUGUGACUUGCAGAUCCUUCACCAGUCAAUCCUGCAGUCGGGUUUAGGACAAGCAAAGGCAUCACCACAAGUGCAAAGAAUACAGAGUCCUCAGCAGGUGGCACAUCCGUUCCUUCAGAUGGAUGGUCACAUUGUUCAAAGCAAUGGGGGUCAUUCUCAGCAGCAGCUUCAUAGUCAGAAUUCAGAAGUAAUGAAAAUGGACAUUUCUGAGUCUUCAAAACCACUACAGCAGCAUUUGACAGCAAAAGAUCAUUUUACUCAGACAAAUCAACAUGAUGCAAAAAAUCAAUUUGUUUCUCUUAGUUCGAUAUGCUUCCCAGAAUCUAUGCUUCUCAGCGAUGAGAGGAAUAUAUUAUCCAACGUGGAUGACAUCUUAGCAGCAACAGCAGCAGCCUGUGGAGUGACACCAUCUGACUUUGCCAAAUCAGCCUCUAAUGAGGAGGAAAUCCAAACUGUUGAAAAUAGUGAGGAGUCUAAAACGCAGUUCCGAUCGUUGGAUUCCAGACACGUGUCUUCUGUUUUCAGUGCCUCGCCUACUGUAGUUGGAAAGCCAGCAAGCAGAAAUAAUAUUUCUCUGAAUGGAGGCCAAAUUACUCUAAAUCUUACCCCAGUGUCAACAAUACAGACAAAAGCUGUGAACCUGGAUCAGCAGCACCUUGAGACUUCUGAUCAGACUGCACCAAUAAGAAUGACCUCUCCCACCCUUGGUCCUGGUCAGGAGGAGCAGGAGGCUGUGCGAGUGAAGAAACAAUCCAGCAUCAGUCAUGAGUCUGAAGAAGAUAAUGAAGCUUCUGUUGAUGGUGCACUGAAUGCAAGGGAGACAGAGUUUGUUUCAAGUGGUAGGAGCCUGAGUGAGGAAAGUGCUGCUUCAGAGAAUGAUUUCAGUGUGGGUGGUGAUGAUGGUACAGUGUCAGGUAACCAGUCAAAGGUUCCAUUGCAGCCUCUGUCUGUGCCCCAAAGUUCAGAUGGAACCAUUAAUAGAACUGAAGAAGAAUGCCAAGAUUUAACUCAAGGGAACCUUCAGAAGAAAAAAAGCAAAGGAAAAAGCCAAAACAAAAAUGCUGCAGAAGAUGACAGUGCAACUCAGAAACAGGUAAAAAGAAGUGGACAGUGUAAACGUCAAAAUUCAAGAGGAAAUGAUGCAUGUUUCACAUACUCUUCUCCUGUUUCUGAAGGUUGUUAUGAUACUUACCAACAUCAGGAAAGAAUGAGGCAAAAAAUUAAAGAAGUUGAAGAAAAACAGCCUGAAGUCAGAACAGGAUUUAUUGCAUCUUUUUUAGACUUUCUGAAGUCUGGGCCUAGGCAACAGUUUUCCACUCCAGCUGUACGAAUGCCAAACAGGACUAGGAGACCAGUCACACAAAUAGUUCGUGCCCCUUGCCUGCAGCCCUCUGCAAAGCCUCAGCCAGCAGCAGCAGCACCUGUGCCUGCUGAGGUCAGUGGAGAAAGUCCAACCAAAAAAGCUGAUGAGGAACUUAAGAAAAAUUUAGAAACGCUGCCUUCAUUUUCUUCCGAUGAAGAUGAUUCCGUGGGUGGUAAUCAUGAUCUUCAAAAGAGCAUCUCUACUGCAUUGUCAGCCCUGGAUGAAACAUCUGAGAAAAAGAUCAAAUCAGAAACUGAAAAAGUGACAGUUGUUACUGCUGCUGCCACCACCACCAGUGCUGUAGUAAAGCAGGAAUCUCCACAGACAGCUGCUCCUGCAGGCAGUGUGCAGGAGAAAAUGAAUCCAGCUGACCCCUUAAAAGUAGCUCAACAGGAUGCUGUGACUUCAGAACAAUUGGCAAAAAUGCAGGAGACUGUUGCAAUAGAAGGAUGUACUGAUGAGGAGAAUAUGGACAGUGAAGGAGAGGGGAUGUACAGAGAACGUGAUGAAUUUGUAGUGAAGAUUGAAGAUAUAGAGACACUAAAGGUUGCUUUGCAGACAGGAAAAGAGCCUCCAGCUAUCUGGAAAGUACAGAAGGCUUUAUUGCAGAAGUUUGUUCCUGAAGUGCGUGAUGGCCACAGAGAGUUUGCUGCUACUAACAGUUAUCUUGGGUACUUUGGAGAUGCAAAGACAAAAUACAAACGAGUUUAUGUGAAGUUUGUUGAAAAUGCAAACAAAAAGGAAUAUGUCAGAGUAUGCUCAAAAAAGCCACGAAUCAAGCCUGUGCAGUCAGCAAGAACUAUUCACUGCAAACCUAGUAAUAGCAACAUCAAACCCCCUGAUCCACCAACACCAAAACCAGCAGCAACAAAAGUCUCUUCUGUGAAACCCAAAGCUAAACAGCCAAAGGUAAAGGCUGAACCACCACCAAAGAAAAGGAAAAAGUGGAAAGAAGAAUUUUCAUCUUCCCAGUCUGAUUCUUCACCUGAGGCCCAGAGUGAAGAAGAUGAGGUUGUACCUCCAGCUCCACUUGUUACUCGUUUUUUGAAUACAAGAGCUAUGAAAGAGACUUUCAAGAGCUACAUGGAGUUGCUUGUGAGCAUUGCCUUGGAUCCAGACACAAUGCAGGCCUUGGAAAAGAGCAAUGAUGAACUGCUUUUGCCUCACAUGAGAAAGAUUGAUGGAAUGCUGAAUGACAACAGGAAAAGGCUGCUGUCCAAAUUGCGCUUGGAUCACGCUUUCAAGAACGCUUUGGAAAACUUUCCUGAACUGACAGUGGUCACUCGGGAUUCCAAGACAAAGUGUGGAGGGACAUCUGUGUCCAAGAUCAAAAUGAAUGGUAAAGCUUACAACAAGAAAACACUGAGGGCUUCUAAAUCAACCACUAAAUCAGCACAGGAGUUUACAGUAGAUCCAGAAAAAAUACAGUUGUAUUCUUUGUAUCACUCCCUCCAUCAUUACAAAUAUCACAUAUAUCUAACAUGUAAAGAAGAGAUUUCUUCUGUUCAGAAGACGAGUGCAGAUCUAGGCCAGGAGGAGAUCGUGCAGCUGUGCAUGAAAAACAUAAAAUGGGUGGAGGAUCUUUUUGAAAAGUUUGGUGAACUCUUGAAUCGUGUCCAGCAGAAAUGCUCCUAACAGAAAUGUGUCCCAAAUCCCACAUUUUUCUACGGCACUAACCUGAUGGAACAGAAAGCUCAGAGAGAGGCUCUGAUUUCUUUCACAAUGCCAGACUGCAUUCUUGUUCGUAGCCAUUUUUAUUUCUCUUUAUGGAACUCUGUGCCUUGGCUCGUGCUAAGGAAAAGUGAUGCUGCCAAGGAAAUCAGUCCUUUGGAGAUGGAGCUAAACAUAAACCUAACCACAUUUUUAACCUGAAGAGUUAUUUUUGAUUUUGUAAACUAUUGGAUAACUUCGUUUUAUUUUCAGAAAUGUUUUUGACAAGUGAUGAAGCAUGCACUACAUAUACUUUUUUUUCUUUUUUAUUGCUCAACAGAUAACAACACUUAAAAUACUACAGAUUUUUCCAUCCCUGACUAAGUGAGAGAAAAGUCAGCGUUGGGGCGAACUAAUUUAUACAUGUCUGGCCACCAAAUUUAGAGUUUUGUACAUUUUGUGAACAGAGCUGGAGUGACAUCAGUUUCUGCAUACGUAUAUUGCCAUCAUAAAAUCCAGAAAUUUCAUUAUGCUUUAUGGACUCCUUUUACUAUUGUCAUGUUUGGGAGACCGAACAUGGAGUUGGUGCAAUCCUAUGACUGCUUUUGUGUCAAAUUAUAUUGUAAUGAAAGACAAUGACCUUAACUAUUUUCCCUGUUUUGAAGAAAAAAAUAUUUUCCUUUAUACUGUGGUUUUUUUUUUCUUUUGGAAAAAAAAAAUCAAUUGUACAUUUUAUCUCACUAAUAGUUGUAUUUUUCACAGAGGAAAUAUUGUGGUUAAAAUUGUUACAUGUAUCUUUGUAAUACACUUUCCAUUGUUUUCAGUAAAUCCUAUUCAUUUAUAUGUUGAUUUUAUAUUGUAAACUAUGUAUCUCGAGGUAACCCUUUUGUUUAUACAGGUUUGCUUCAGUGUUAACCAGAAUAAUGCAUAAUGCAUACUAGACUAGUUUUGCUUUAAGUGUAGUUGUGUUAGACACUGCAAUUAUUUUCUGGUAUGUGAAAAUAAAUUUCUUACUAAACUA